CGUUUUUUAAUUUUCCGAUUUUGGAAUCUCAAUUGAAUAUGAAAAGAACGAAUGAUACACGGAUUCUUCAUGAAAACCCCAAAGCCACAAUCUCAGAAAAUGAGAAUAUUGUGAAAAGGUGCAAUAUUCUAGACUAAAAGUGUCCCACUCGAAUCAGCCGAUUAAGCCAAAACACCUGCAAAGGGUUCCUGAGCCUUUAAAUGGUCUCUCAGUCUGGAUCAGUAUGAAUCACAAUCAUGGGAAAGACUGCUGACCUGACAGUUGUGCAGAAAACCAUCAUUGACACAAGUCAAGCCUCAAAAGGUAAUUGCAGAAGAAGUUGGAUGUUCCCAAAGUGCUGUAUCAAAGCACAUUAAUAGAAAGUUAUGUGGAAGGGAAAAGUGUGGAAGAAAAAGGUGCACAAUCAGCCUGGAGAGGAUUGUCAGGAAAAGGCCAUUCACAAGUGUUGGGGACUUUCACAAGGAGUGGACUGAGGCUGGAGUCAGUGCAUCAAGAGCCACCACACACAGACGGAUCCUGGACAUGGGCUUCCAAUGUCGUAUUCCUCUUGUCAAUGUAAGGUGGUGAAAUAUGUGAGAAAAGAAGAACCACCAACCACCCACUGGCUCAAUGGCGGAGUCCAUUACGGAGUGCAUAUCACAUGUUUUAAGUUCCUGGGGACCCAUAUUUCAGAGAACCUGUCCUGGACCACCAACACCUCAUGCCUGGUCAAGAAGGCUCACCAGCAUCUCUUCUUUCUGAGGACACUGAAGAAGAACAAACUGUCUUCAACUAUCCUGGUGAACUUCUAUCACUGCACGAUAGAGAGCAUCCUGACCAACUGUGUCACAGUCUGGUACGGGAACUGUUCUGUUGCUGAGCGCAAGGCACUGCAGCGGGUGGUGAAAACAGCCCAGCGCAUCACAGGGACUACACUCUCUUCCAUUGAGGACAUCCAGAAGAAACGCUGUCUGCAUCGAGCUCGCAGCAUUCUCAAGGACUCCUCUCACCCCGCUCACAGACUGUUUACACUCCUGCCUUCCGGUAGGCGCUUCAGGUGCCUCCGGACCAGAACCAGCAGACUAGGAAACAGCUUUUUUCCCAGAGCUGUUUCAUUAUUGAACUCUGUCCCCCACUGAUUCGACUACCCCCAUAACUUUAACUUUAAUGCUGCUAUUACAUUGUUUACAUUGCAUACAGCGCUGCAAUGCAUGACUGAACUGUAGACACCAGUACUUCAUGUAUCUGCUCUACCGGACUGUUUACACACACACAGCAUAAUUUGCACUCUAUACUGCUCACUUGCACACAAGGAAUAUUACUGAAUGCUCAUUUGCACUAAUGGACUACUCUCAUAACUGCAUUACCUCAUCUACUGCACUGUAACUUCAAUAACUGCACUAACUCAUCUACUGCACUGUAACUUUCAGAACUGCAUUACCACAUCUACUGCACUGCAACUUCAAUAACUGCACGAACUCAUCUUCUGCACUGUAACUUUAAUAGCUAAUGUCUAUAAUUAAUGCACACUUAAGUCACUUGCACUAUUGUAUAGUCUAAAUUGUUAUCUGUUCAUAUCCACCUGUACAUUAAUGUUCACAGUAUAUAUCCUUCUGUAUAUAUUGUCCAUAGUACAGUCUCUAUUAUCAUAGAGAGAUGGCGCCAGUGUCUACGGCAUGCCGUCUGUCUCCUUGUUGUCUGCUUAAUUUGUUACUUGCUAUCGCUUUGUUCAUAUGUAUAUGUUGUCGUGAUGUCUCUGCCUUGCUAUUUUAUGAUCGCCAAACACUCUAUAAUAUCGGAGACUUUAAUAAUACACUGUCUGGAAGACAUGUGUUGGAAUACCAACAUACUACAAACCCUCCACCUUUCCUGGCAGAUAUACCGGCGUUUUUACACCGAUUGCCAUGCGUUAUUCCUCGAAAGAAGCGCUGGAGACGGAGAGGAAAGCGCGGAGGCGUCCUGGUUAGAUUCAAGGCUUACCUGGUAUCUUCGUCUGUGGGCGUGGUGUGUCCUCGCGAUGGAGUCUCUGUUUCUGUUGCCCGGCUUUCGCUGGAUGUGAGAGGCAGAUGGCUCCGUCCUGUUUUUCCGACGGCGACUUCUGAGGCCGACCUGUCGAUUGUGCCUUCUCCUCCUGCGCGAGCUUGGGCCCGCAGAAGUGGUGUGGAUUGUUCGAGCCUUCGCCUGCUGAACCGUGCGGUGCCUUCUGCCACUGAGGAUUCCACUCUUCGUUUGGCUUUGAGUAAUGUUAGAUCUAACAAGACCUUUUUGCUGAACGAUUUUUUCACUUCACGUGAGUUGGAUUUCAUGUUUUUGACAGAAACCUGGCUUCAUACUGGUGACUUAGUCCCUUUCUCUGAACUUCUUCCUCCCCGCUGUGAUUUCCUAAACUCCCCCCGGAUUACCGGUAAGGGUGGAGGACUAGCUUCAGUUUUUAAAUCGACUUUUCAUUGUCGGGAGAUAGCGGUGGACGGUUUCAACAGUUUUGAGUUGCAACUUUUUGAGACACAUUUUCCUGCGACUGUGUUAUGUGCGGUGGUAUAUCGACCUCCAAAGUAUAAUAAGAAUUUUAUUCAGGAUUUUGCAGACUUUGUGGCGGGGAUUGUUUUAAAAUAUGACCGUUUUUUAAUUAUUGGUGAUUUUAACAUUCAUGUGUGCUGUGAAUCUAAACCUUUGGUUAAAGAUUUUCUCAGUCUUAUUGAGUCGUUUAAUCUCACGCAGUCAGUUACAGGCCCGACCCACGAAAAAGGACACACCCUGGACCUUGUAUUGUCGUAUGGUUUAUGUAUUACUAUCAGUGAAAUUUGUGACACAUGUAUUUCAGAUCACCUGCCUGUUUUAUUUACUGUUGUUGUUCCCAAUCCUGGGUUUUCUACCCGUGCUUCCACGCGCAGUGUGCGGGCGAUUAAUCCCUCCACUGCUGCACAGUUUUCAAGUACUUAUAAAGUUUUAUUUUUGAAUAAUCUUGAUGAUUGUGGUGUUGGUCUAGAAGAAUUCAUGGUUUUAUUUGACUGUAUUUGUACUGAGAUUUUGGACUCUGUGGCUCCACUUAGGAAAAAACGUUCUAAAGUUUUGUCAGAACCCUGGUUGAAUGAUACCACACGCUCUCUCAGACGUGCCUGCAGAGUAGCUGAGAGAAAGUGGAAAAAGGAUAAAUUAACUAUUUCAUUCGAAAUGAUGCAGUAUGCAUUUUGUAAAUACCAGAGAGCAGUUAAAUCGGCAAAAACUAAGUUUUUCGCGGACCUUGUAGAAAGUAAUAGCCAGCGGCCUCAGGUUCUUUUUUAAUAUUUUUAAGUCUCUCGUUAACCCUCGUGAUUCAGAUUGUGUUGUGCCAUCUUCAUUAUUAUGUGAAAACUUUCUGAAUUAUUUUGUGGACAAAAUUGAUGGUCUUCGCUUUCCACCCAUCACAGCUAUUAGUGAUGCUUCUGGUUUCUCCUGUUGCUCAGCUGUCUUUCAGCAGUUUGAGCCCGUUACAUUCUCUUAUAUCUCUGACAUAGUUAAACAGCUACGUCCUGCAAGCUGCCCCCUCGACAGUAUUCCUGCACGCUUGGUUAAAGAUGUCUUUGACACUGUUUGGGCAAGCGUUGUAUUUUUAAUUAAUACAUCUCUUAGCUCAGGGUGUGUACCAGCUGCUUUUAAACAUGCCAUUGUGCAACCACUUCUGAAAAAGAACAACUUGGAUUCUUCAAUUUUGUCUAAUUUUAGACCUAUAUCUAAGCUCCCCUUUCUAUCCAAAGUCUUAGAGAGAGUUGUUUUUAAUCAACUUCAAUCAUUUCUAGAUGAAUUUCAGUCUGGUUUUAAGCCCCGUAACAGUACAGAAACUGCCCUUUUGAGAGUUUCAAAUGAUCUUCUUUUAACUGUGGACAGUGGUAACUCUGCUGUUUUAGUUCUGUUAGAUUUGACUUCGGCCUUUGAUACUGUUAACCACUCUAUUCUCUUGUCUAGACUUGAGCAGUGUGUCGGCAUUAAGGGCAUAGCACUUAAAUGGUUCCACUCAUAUUUGAGAGACAGAAGUUUCUCUGUUCACCUUGGUGAUUUCUCGUCAUCUACUGCCCCUCUUUUUUGUGGCGUUCCCCAAGGGUCAAUAUUGGGCCCUAUGCUGUUUUCGUUGUAUAUGCUGCCCUUGGGGUAUAUUUUUAGAAAGCACAAUAUUUCCUUCCAUUGUUACGCGGAUGAUGUUCAAAUUUAUUUGCCUGUCAAAACUAAGAACAAUGCUUCUUUUCAGACAUUAUUCAAUUGCCUGAGAGAUCUAAAAAUAUGGCUGGAUCAAAACUUUUUGUGUCUUAAUGAAAAGAAGACUGAGAUUGUUGUGUUUGGUCGUCCUGGGGACUUGAGUGCUUGUGUAGAUGCACUGGGUGAUUUGGGCUUGAAUGCUCGUCCUUUAACCAAGAAUCUCGGUGUGAUUUUUGAUAGUGCUCUUAAGUUUGAAAAACAAAUUAGCUCUGUCGUAAAAGCCAGUUUCUUUCAAUUGAGACUCUUGGCAAAAGUCAAGCCUAACCUUCCGCGUAAGGAGUUUGAAUGUGUUAUUCAUGCUUUUAUUACAUCAAGGCUAGACUACUGUAACUCUUUAUAUGUUGGUGUGGACCAGUCAUCUCUUCAACGUUUACAGCUAGUCCAAAAUGCAGCAGCUUGACUUUUGACUGGGACAAAAAAGUAUGAGCACAUUACCCCAGUGUUAGCUUCACUACAUUGGCUUCCUGUUCGUUUCAGGAUUGAUUUUAAGAUUUUAUUAUUUGUUUUUAAGAUCUUAAAUGGGCAAGCGCCUGUCUAUCUAUCUGAGCUUUUGAAUGUACAGGUACCUGUAAGAGCACUUAGGUCAUGUAAUCAGAUGCUUCUUGAUGUUUCGAGAACCAGGUUAAGAAAUAAAGGUGACCGUGCCUUUUCAGUGGUGGCACCAAACUUGUGGAAUAGUCUGCCUUUACAUUUAAGAACUGCUCAGACUGUUGGAAUUUUUAAGGCAUUGCUUAAGACACACCUGUAUUCUUUGGCUUUUAUGACAGGCUGAGGGGAGACAUUGCGAUGUUAUUAUUUUUAUUAGUAUGUGUGUAUGUAUGUAUAUAUAUAUGUAUGGGUAUGUGUAUGUUUUUGUUUUGGACAUUGUGAAGCACUUUGGUCAACCAUGGUUGUUUUUAAAUGUGCUAUAUAAAUUAAAUUGAUUGAUUGAUUGAUUGAUACCGACUGUCUAUUGUUAUAGAACAUUUGUAUAGUAUUUCCCUAAUAUUGUAUUGUGGCGAACCACAAGUGUUAUGUUAUCAAGAGACAUUCACCAGGGUACUGUACCUUUAAGGGAGGGAGGAGUUAGUUUAGUGAUGUUCCGGUUUUUACGUGUGUUUGUUUUGAUCUGACUCGCUGUUCUGCGUGAGGAAUAUUAAAGUGGAUACUAAGCUGA